AGUUAUAUUUCGCCCAAUUCAUCAAACAGAAAACAAAGUGGCGGGGAAUCAAGGAGAAAUGAAUGGCAAUUUUGGCCAAUAUAUUAACAACUGUGACAAUUUGGAUGAGCAAAUCAGUGUUACAGAUUUCAUUAAAACUCUGAAGAAAGUUGAAUCGUCCGACACCCUGAAUGGUCGAGAAAGUGUUUCAUCAAGUUCAUCAACCGACAAACUUUCAAAAUUGCCGGAAGAUGGUCGUAGAGUUGAUAAAAAGAACAGUGCAAACGAUUUGCUUCAAACAAUGCGCAAACGAUUUGUUCACCGAGCGACGGAGCCAAUAUUCCACGCCUUACCAGAGGCGCAGGUAAGCAGGAACGUCGACUCGUCAGCGGAAGGGACUGCGGCACUUCCUCCUCGAGUAUCAGCCUCGGCAGGAAGCCGAAAGUUUUCGAAGGAGGAUGCGGUGCCAACGACGACCUCCUAAAAAUGCCAAGUUUUGAGUCGACGUUAGACCGGAAAACUGAUUCUGAUCCAACACUUUCUAAAACUCAUAAAUACCACGUCUCGUAAUCUUUCCUAUUCUUAGACAAUCAUCUAGUCUACGAUUUCCAUAUUUCUCGAACAAACAGGCUAAUAUACAAUAAAUGCAUAUGUUCAUGAAUAUUUAAUAUAAAUUUCGCUUUUUAUUAUGUUCUCUCCAUUUUCUCUCCGGCUCCACAUGCUUCUAAAUACCACUUUUAUUCUCAAUUGUACUUAAAAAUACUACGUUCUUUUCAUAAACGUACUUUGUCUGUUA